CAGGCAAAACAAAAUGGCCGAUGGUCCGUGCAAGGUGUGUCGCGGAUAGUCGAGUUAUUUUUACAGCGAAUUACCAUUGAACUUCAGUGAAAAAGUUACGGUGUUUAUUGCUACUGCGGCGCAGCGGGCUUCGCGUCAGCCCGGCGCGGUUCCGUCGCCCGCGACAUCGGGGCUUCGCCCUUCGCGACUCGCCGCGCGCGUUCGGAGCCCUAGCUCCCUCGGUACCGUGAGCCCUGCAGUGGAGGAUGUCGUCCCGCCGCAACGGGUCGGUGUCCCGCGCCGCGGAGGCCGCGUCCAAGAACCGGCUGCACAUGGACCGGAACCCCCAGCACUCCAGGAUCACUGAUCCGUCGAACCCUGCCGGUCGGCGGAAGGAGAUCGACAAUGUAAUGAAGCGAGCGCGCCAGGCCUCGCCCGGCAGCUGGGACCGAAAGCUGUUGGAAGUCGAGGAGAAAGACCCCAACAGAUGGCGCCACACGGGCUACAAGCAGAUGUACAUAGACGGGUCCGGGUCGGUAUCCCCGCGACGGUCUAGGUCUCCGAGACCCCGUCGGUCCCGUUCGCCCAUAGCCGCUCGUCGCUCGCGUACGCCGAUCGCUCGCCGCUCGCGCUCGCCCAUCGCUCGUCGCUCUCGUUCGCCGAUCGCGCGGCGCUCGCGCUCGCCUGUAAUCCGGCGCUCGCGAUCGCGCUCGCUCCGCCGCUCGCCGCGGCGCAGUCCUAGGAAGAGUCCUGUCAGACGCAGCCCGGUGGCGCGGCGUCGCACGCGCAGCCCGCGCGCGCGCCGGCCCCCUGCGAGGCCCCCGCGGCCGCCCUCCCCGCCCGACCCCCGCCAGUCAUCCCCUUCUGGUUCGUCAAUGAGUAGCUGCUCGGACGAGUCCUGCUCUGUCUGCUCUGCCAAGAACAAGAAGCCUGCCCCUCCGCCAGGGAAGCCAGGGAAACCGCCCAGGCCGGGUUCUACGUCUCCAAGACGGGCAGCCAAACGACCAGCGCCGCCGCCCGCCGCCCGUGCCGUUCAACCUACUAGAGAGUUGCUCAAGGCGAGAGAAGCCAGCAAGCGGACUAGAGAGGAAAAGGUUCUAGAAUGGCAGCGCUCCCAGCUAGCGGCCCGUGCGCCCCCUCCCGGCGCGCCCAUCCCCCCCGCGCACAUCAAGCGCGAGGGCGCGCGCCGGGGCCCCGCCCGCGCCCCGCGCGCCGUGUCCCCCGCCGCCAUCGCCGCCGCCCUCGCCGGCAGCGGCAGCGGGAGCGACUCCACGCCCGACCAGCAGCCGCCGAGGAACAGGAACAUUGUCAGAAAAGCAGGGAACAGGAACAUUAUCAACAUUACCAGGAACAUUUUGCAAAAUUGCCUCGCUGGCAGCGGCAGCGGCUCGGACUCCACGCCCGACCAGCAGCCGCCGAGGAACAUUAUCAAAAUUGCCAGGAACAGGAACAUUGUCAAAAUUGCCAGGAACAGGAACAUUAUCAACAUUACCAGGAACAUUUUGCAAAAUUGCCUCGCUGGCAGCGGCAGCGGCUCCGACUCCACGCCCAACCAGCAGCCGCCGAGGAACAUUAUCGACAUUGACAGGAACAUUAUCAACAUUUCCAGGAACAUUAUCAACAUUUCCAGGAACAUUCUACACGAGCCCGGGCCCUGUCCCCCCGCGCACAUCAAGCGCGAGGGCGCGCGCCGGGGCCCCGCCCGCGCCCCGCGCGCCGUGUCCCCCGCCGCCAUCGCCGCCGCCCUCGCCGGCAGCGGCAGCGGGAGCGACUCCACGCCCGACCAGCAGCCGCCGAGGUAUGACGGCACUCCACGCGAGGGCGCGCGCCGGGGCCCCGCCCGCGCCCCGCGCGCCGUGUCCCCCGCCGCCAUCGCCGCCGCCCUCGCCGGCAGCGGCAGCGGGAGCGACUCCACGCCCGACCAGCAGCCGCCGAGGACACUGGAAAAGCAGCCGCCGAGGGCGCCCCCUCCCGGCGCGCCCAUCCCCCCCGCGCACAUCAAGCGCGAGGGCGCGCGCCGGGGCCCCGCCCGCGCCCCGCGCGCCGUGUCCCCCGCCGCCAUCGCCGCCGCCCUCGCCGGCAGCGGCUCCGGGAGCGACUCCACGCCCGACCAGCAGCCGCCGAGGUAUGACGGCACUCCACUACACGAGCCCGGGCCCUGUCCCCCGGUGCACGUCAAGCGCGAGGGCGCGCGCCGGGGCCCCGCCCGCGCCCCGCGCGCCGUGUCCCCCGCCGCCAUCGCCGCCGCCCUCGCCGGCAGCGGCAGCGGGAGCGACUCCACGCCCGACCAGCAGCCGCCGAGGACACUGGAAAAGCAGCCGCCGAGGGCGCCCCCUCCCGGCGCCCCCAUCCCCCCCGCGCACAUCAAGCGCGAGGGCGCGCGCCGGGGCCCCGCCCGCGCCCCGCGCGCCGUGUCCCCCGCCGCCAUCGCCGCCGCCCUCGCCGGCAGCGGCAGCGGGAGCGACUCCACGCCCGACCAGCAGCCGCCGAGUCGCUCGCUGAAAGAAGGAGCGGCAGCGGCUCCGACUUCACUCCCGACCAGCAGCCGCCGAGCUACACGAGCCCGGGCCCCGUCCCCCGGCGCACAUCAAGCGCGCGCCGUGUCCCCCGCCGCCAUCGCCGCCGCCCUCGCCGGCAGCGGCAGCGGGAGCGACUCCACGCCCGACCAGCAGCCGCCGAGCUACACGAGCCCGGGCCCCAUCCCCCCCGCGCACAUCAAGCGCGAGGGCGCGCGCCGGGGCCCCGCCCGCGCCCCGCGCGCCGUGUCCCCCGCCGCCAUCGCCGCCGCCCUCGCCGGCAGCGGCAGCGGGAGCGACUCCACGCCCGACCAGCAGCCGCCGAGGUGA